AUGCUGACAGCGGCGAACUGUGUCUCUCUGGUCUGGCUUAUCAUUAUCUAUAAAAAGAAUAAGAUCUACUCGAAAAAGAUAGACAUGGGGCUGUCGAAUCGCUAUCAGAUCCAAGAGAACGUUUCAAGCACUCGCUUGACGAUUGUCCUCGGAUUUACGCAGCUAUUGUUUUUCGCAGCUCAUUUGGCCAUUAAUAUGACCAGACGAACAUUCUUCACCAUUAUGAACCGUGAACUUUACAGGAUUCUCGAAAGCGUGGGCUAUCUUCUCACUUACUACACUCUCAUACUUCCGAUUGUCAUGUACAUAUAUAUAAAACGAGAUAUCCACAACAAGAUCACUACACUACAAGAUAAUAUAAACCAAAACUCCUCAAAAGGUGCAGAAGGAGCGAAACUCUACUUCAGCAUGUAUGGGAAACAGUGGUGA